AUGCCCCUUCCAACCUCUUCAGUCUACCCGCCACCGUCCCGGGAGUUUAUGCCAUGGCCCAGCCGGCGAAGUGUCGUCCACAGCACCAAGGGCAUUGUGGCCUGCUCUCAACCCCUGGCCGCCAAGUGCGGCAUCGCCAUUCUGAAUGCUGGGGGCAAUGCUGCUGAUGCCGCCGUGGCUGUAGCUGCCGCUCUCAACGUGACUGAGCCUUCCUCAACCGGCAUCGGCGGCGACAUGUUCUGUCUGUACUACGAUGCCGCGACAGGCAAGGUUUCGGCACUCAAUGGCUCCGGCCGAUCCGGUGCGAAGUACACUCCCAAACUGAUGCGCCAAAGCCUGGGCCUACCCCCCGACGGCCCGGCCGAGAUCCCCCUGACCAGCGUGCACGCUGUGACCGUCCCCGGUGCUGCUGCCGGUUGGGUCGACACGGUCGAGAGGUUUGGCAGUGGGAAGUUGAGCAUGGAACAGAUCCUGAUGCCGGCGAUCGAGCUUGCAGAGAAGGGCUUCCCUGUGUCGGAGGAUUCUGCUUUCUCCUGGCAAAAUGCCGAACAUAUUCUCCGCAAAGCCUCCCCCAAUUACGCCGAGCUCCUCAAGCCCGAUCCCUCUGUCCCCGAUGGCGUGCGUGCCCCCCGCGCAGGAGACCUUAUCAAGCUUCCUACUUUAGCCCAAACUUUCCGGACCCUCGCCAAAGAAGGCAAGAAAGGCUUCUACACAGGCCGCAUCGCCCGGUCUAUCAUCAACACAGUUCAAUCCCUUGGCGGACACCUUACACUGGAUGACCUGCUACAUCACCUCGAAACAGGCAGCGAAACAGUUGAGCCUAUCUCCCUUAAGUUCACAGGCCAGGGCACUGGCGAGGACCCCCUCGGCGGCAUCGAACUGUGGGAGCACCCGCCCAACGGGCAGGGCUUAGUUGCCCUCCUCGCGCUGGGGAUCAUCCAGGAGCUUGAAAAGCAAGGCAAGAUCCCUCGUUUCACGCCCGAGCAACACAACAGCGCAGAAUACCUCCAUACCGUCAUCGAAGCCCUACGCAUAGCCUUCGCCGACGCGCGUUGGUUCGUCGCUGACCCGUCCACAAACUCCGCCCCUCUAAAGCAGCUUCUUUCCCGCGAAUACCUCUCCUCCCGCGCAGCGCUCUUCAAUCCUUCGCAAGCCUCGGCCCCCCUUACCCACGGCGAUCCGUACUCUUACCCUUCGCCAGCCCACAACAGCUGCGACACAGUAUACUUAGCGGUCUCUGAUGCCCAAGGCAACGCCAUCUCUUUCAUAAACUCAACCUACUCCGCCUUCGGCACGGGCAUCAUCCCGACGCAAUGCGGCUUCACCCUGCAAUCCCGCGGCGCCAAUUUCUCCCUCUACCCGCCCAAUCACCCCAACCUUUUGGCCCCACGCAAAAGGCCCUACCACACCAUCAUCCCGGGUCUAGUCACCAACCUAAAGGAUGGGAGUUUACACAGCGUGUUUGGCGUCAUGGGCGGGUUCAUGCAGCCUCAGGGACAUGUACAAGUCCUCCUGGGACAGAUAGUAGGCGGGCUGAGUCCGCAGCAGGCGUUGGAUGCGCCGAGGGUUUGUGUUGUGGCGGAGGGGGAUCGGUCAGUGUUUGUAGAGGAGGGUAUGGCUGAGGAGGCGAUUGAGGGGUUGAAGAGUUUGGGGCAUAAGGUCGAGGUUUUGCAUGGGUGGGGGGCGAGGGGAAGGCAGAUGUUUGGCAGGGGGCAAAUUAUUAGGUGGACGGUGGAUGAAGUUGAUGGUGGGGGGGUUUGGUCAGCGGGGAGUGAUAUGAGAGGGGAUGGAGCGGCUUAUCCGGUAUAG